AUGUCUAAACUGUUUAUCGGCGGCCUGGCAUGGCACACCACCGACGAGAGUCUCCGUUCUGGUUUCGAGAAGUACGGUGCUGUCGAAGAAGCUAUCGUCGUUAAGGAUCGUGACACUGGUCGCAGUCGCGGAUUCGGAUUCGUCCGCUUCAGCUCUGAGGCUGACGCCGAAGCUGCGGCGCAUGAAAUGAACAACCAGGAGUUUGACGGCCGUACUAUCCGCGUCGACAAAGCCAGUGAACGAGCUCCUCGCAACGAUGGCGGCUUCCAAUGCCGUGGCGGGUACAACCAGCGCGGAGGAAACGGUGGAGGAUACGGAGGAUAUGGUGGCGGAUCUCGUGGAGGAUAUGGUGACGGCGACUGGCGCAGAAGCGAUGGUAACUAG